AUGCGUACUCAGAUUCUCUUUUCGGCUUUGGCAAACACGGCCUUGGCCGCUCGACCAUUCCUCAACGAGCCCGACACCGGAUUCGACGAUGCUUUGAGUAACUUGACCGCAGGGUCGCUGCCCAACGUGGAGCAGAUGGUGAGCUUGCCGGACUUUGACGCAGUUGCCCGGAAAUAUCUGCCCAUCAGGAACUACACAUACUACCGCAACGGCGCCGCUGGUGAGUGGUCGUAUCGCAACAACCUCGAAGUCUUCCGUCGAUAUCGCCUUCGCCCUCGAGUCCUGAGGGACAUUUCCAACAUCGAGUCCACUCUCCCAACCAAGAUCCUGGGCCACAACUUCUCGGCUCCCUUUUACAUCAGCCCUUGCGCACGGGGUGAAUUGGGGCACCCGGAAGCCGAAUUGAACUUUGUCAAAGCCGCCGCCGAAGAGAACAUUCUCUACAUGCCGGCCCUCUAUGCGUCCAAGACGAUUGAUGAAAUUGCAGCGGCCAAGAGCUCCGAUCAAGUUCUAUUUCAACAGCUGUACCUGUCGUCCAACGACACCGAGAAUCAAGCGCUUCUGGAUGCUACCAAAAAGGCAAACGCGGCCGCUGUCGUCUUCACGGUCGACUCCGCAGCUGACGGAAACCGCCACCGCGCGGCACGAUUCGAUGUCGGAUCUGCUGAUUCGGAUUAUUCUUCCUUCACUUGGGAUUUCUACAAGAAGCUCAAAACAAUGACCGAUCUGCCCAUCAUUCUCAAGGGCAUCAUGACGGUCGAAGACGCUCGCAUAGCAGUCCAGAACAACGUCUCGGGCAUCAUUCUUUCCAACCACGGCGGCCGACAGCUUGACGGGGCCCCAUCAUCGCUUGAGGUUGCGCUGGAGAUCAACCAGCAGGAUCCAUCCAUCUUCAGCGAGACUGAAGUCUUCGCUGACGGCGGCGUCCGCUACGGAGCGGAUGUACUCAUGCUUCUCUCGCUCGGCGUCAAGGCCGUCGGCCUCGGCCGCCCUUUCAUGUAUGCCAACAUCUUCGGCAAGCCUGGGGUGAAAAGGGCCAUCAGCCUCCUGAAGCGCGAGAUUGCCCUCGACGCAGGUAACCUUGGCGUUGCUGACCUGCAGCAGCUGACCAACAAUAUUGUAGAUUGGACUCCAAACAACUGGGUUGGUUGA